GCUCAGGCAAUUGCAUCGUUCAGAAGACUUACCAGCUUGCACAACUUCUUUUUGGGUGCACAAGUGUGUUUGUGCAGCAGGAACUAAGCUUGAUUUGGGUCUAUCUAUCUAUGAGUUUGUAUCGCUUUAGUUUUUUGUUUUAAGGUGAUUAAAAUUUGGCAAGUUUUGCUUUCUCUUGUGAAUGAGAUUAUUGUCAAUGAACUGAGAGCUUAGCAUAGGGAUUUCCUCAGAGAUCUCACAAUGCAAUCUUUAGCUGGGCGCUUUGACAUGGUGCAUAUCAUAACGUGAAAACAAAUUAGGUUUCCUUGAGAUUUGUCACAUGGAAGGGUUCUUUGUGGUCCGGUUCCGAUCAGACUGUACCAUUGAACUCCUUUCUUCAUUGGAAUGCUCAUCUUGCCGUGAUUGCCAUGUAGCCCUAUACAAACAAACAUUUCAGUUAACACCCCAAAAGUACUGAUUUUCAGGUUACAAUGUCUUGGGAAACCUUAGAGGACAUGUUCCAGAACUGCUCAGAGCUUAGUUCACAAUCCUGCAACAUCACUGGACUCAACAAAACCUUGAACGACACGGGAAGCCAGAGACUCUUUGUGACUGAGGAACUUCUUCUGAAGUUUCUAGGACCUAAGAGAUCUUCUUUCUUCGUGCCCAUCUCCCUAGCAUACCUGCUCAUCUUCAUCACAGGAGUGGCAGGGAACCUUCUUACCUGCACAGUGAUUGCCAAGCACAAGAAGAUGAGAACCCCGACCAACCUCUACAUUUUCAGCUUGGCCAUUUCAGACCUCUUGGUCCUGCUCUUCGGGAUGCCUCUGGAGACCUAUGAAAUGUGGCAGAACUAUCCUUUUCCAUUUGGUGAAGGAGGAUGCUAUUUCAAAACCUUCCUCUUUGAGACGGUUUGCUUCGCGUCAGUCCUUAACGUUACGGCUCUCAGCGUGGAAAGAUAUGUUGCGGUGGUACACCCGCUCAAGACCAAAUAUGUCAUGACCAACACCCAUGCCAAGAGGGUCAUCACUACUGUUUGGGUCAUAUCUUUGGUCUGUGCUAUUCCCAACACCUGUCUCCAUGGGAUCUAUUACUUCUACCUCCCCACUCUAGAGAAAAUCGAAGAGUCGGCUAUGUGCAUGUUACUGAAGCCUAGGUGGAUUUAUAAUCUGGUGAUCCAGCUCACUACAGUCUUCUUCUACUUCGUCCCCAUGACUAUCAUUAGCGUCCUCUACCUGAUGAUAGGCUGCCGUCUCAACAGAGAAAGGAAGUUUCCAGUCGGCAAGCUGGGGAAGAAUUGCAGCACCAAAACCAGCUGGAAGAUCCAUUUGGAGAGUGGGAGAAGGAGGCAGAUAACCAAGAUGUUGUGUGUAGUAGUGGUGGUAUUUGCCAUCUGUUGGGCUCCUUUCCACACAGACCGACUGCUGUGGAGCUUCAUCACGCAGUGGACGGACUUCAUGCACAACGUAUUCCAGUAUGUGCAUGUCAUCUCAGGGAUCUUUUUCUACCUGAGCUCCGCGGUCAACCCUGUCAUCUACAACCUGCUCUCCACCCGCUUCAGAGAACGUUUCAGAGAACUUGUGUGCAGUAACCAGGAGUCCAGUGUCUCCCGCAACAGCUCCCCAGCUAUCUCCAGGAUCCGGAAUAGCCCAGCCCUGGUUUACCAUGUACCAACCAAACAGGAUGCUCCAAAGUUCCUCCAGCCUUCUGGGAGCUGGGAACAUGAGGACGAAACCACUUGCAUCUAAAGAAGAGACAUCUGCCAUUAACUUACUAAGAGAACUAUAGGAGGGUUCAUUGGGGUUAGUUAAUGCAGGGUUUCAUACUCAUGGUGAAAUUUUACAAUCACAGAAUGCAGUGGUGGAAAAUUCAUAAUGUUCAUUGCAACUAAAGUUAUCCAACCAGUUAUUAGACUCCUCUGAAUACUUAAUUUAGUACUGGAGUGAAGAGUGCACGUAAACCAGUUAGUCUGGUUGCAAGGAAAGCAAACUUGUCACUGGAUUGUCUUUUAAGCAUAUCUUGAGGAACACCAGAAAAAAAGAACUAUAUCUUUUUUUGCCUCUUUUAACUUCAUCUGCAGGGUCAACCAAACCUAGCCAUUGCCACUACGAACUGGUUAUUUAAUAAUGACUUCAUCAUUACUAUGUGGUUAUUAAAGUAUACUGCAUUACAUCAAUGUAAGGAGAAGGCUUGACUAAGACUCCUACAUUUAAACAUGUAAACUAAAAACAAUCUGUAAACUAAAAACUAUCCAUCUGACAAGUCUGUAUCAUUUACUGUACCUCCGUUGAAAUUAACCCUCCAAGUUCUUGUGCUGUAUAGCAAUGGCAGACUGACUCAAAGACACAGCCAGGUCCAUAAUUGAACACUGCACCCUUGUUUAGCUCCAAACGCCUACAUGGAAUGUAAAUACAGACUGCUUGUUUCUCCAUCAUCAACAUUUCAAAGAGAUAUUUUAUUUUUAUUUUUUAUUUGGAACAUGAGGCAGGCAUUACAUGACAUUGUAUACAGUACCUCUAUGAUUUAACUAAAUACUCUUUUUUUUAAAAAAAACUAAGCCAAAUGUUUUAUACAUCUAAAGUAGUUUUAUUGUCAAAAUAGUGUUUAACAGUUGUUUUCAUUGUUUGCUGGUGUAUGAUAUCUGGUCAUUCUCAGUCAGAUAUUCUGCAGUGUGGAGCUAUUGGGUAAAGUAAAAGCAGCAGCUGGUAUGUGCUUGACAUUGUUUUGUUUUCAAAUUAGCCAUGUGUUCUUUCAAACUCUGUACUCCACUGUAGAAGCACUGUGCAAAUAAGUACUGUGUAAUAUCUUAUUAGGUAAUGGUUUACUUUGUAUAUAUUUUUAAAAUUGAAAUUGGUUAAAGGUGCCAUAGCAGGCGGUUUACAUGUUUUUCAAAAAAAUAUAUAAAUGUGUCAGUCUUACCUUUGACUGUAUUGACAAAAUGCAGUACUACAAAUAUUCGUACUGUUAAUUCAGUUUCCCUAAUUUAAUAUAUGAUAGACAGGUUCAAUUGUGUAAAAUUCACAGUUCACCCUCUUUAACUGUAGCUUUGGGUUAUCAUGAUUCAUUAUAUGAGGCAUUACUGUCUCUUACCUGGAAAAAAGAGACCCUCCCAUUACAAGAAAAUGAAAGAGGCACCUAGAAUAAGCUGCUUCGAAUGUUCUAUCCAUUUGAGACUAGUUACUUCAGGUUUCACUGCAUUACAUCAUCAGAAUUAAACACUAUAACCUGAAACAAAGAGGGCUUUACUGUCUGGUAAGGCCUGCUUCGUGCCGUUAAAUAUUUAACAUAACAAGAAGGCCUUACCAGACGGUAAAUACCUUUUAUGAAGGAUCUAUUGCUAUUAGAAAAUGGCUGCCUUAAAAAAGGUAACAUUGACAUUGUUCUGUUUGGGUUUUUUUUUUUGUGAUUUUACACAGCACUAUUUUUAGUUUCUAAUGAAUACAAAUGUUUUCCUCAAUAUUCCAUGAGUAACCAUGGGCAACAUGGUUUGUGAACUGUUUGUUUUUAUCUACCUCUUGAACAAUUUUAAACAUGUAGAAGAAAAGCACAGGUAACUUGUAUUUUGAAUUAGGAUUAGAGUGCCUUUUAAUGUAUUUGUGAAAGUUAGACCCUACAAUUUCUUAACGAGAAAAAAAAAAAAAAAAGAGACUAUUAGUGAUUACAAAUAUCUGGUAGCCUACAUGUGUUAAUGCUAAUCAUGCUGUUUGCUGAGUAACUUGUUCACAGUCUCCUGGCUUUGUUAGAGAAGAGAGCAUCAUGCCUGUGUUGUUAUUAUGACAUGCUGAAAUACAGUUGCUGAAAGUAAUCAGUCUGCAUCCGGUUGCUUGAUUU